CUAGCGUGCACAUAAAUGGUAUUCUUUGAGAGAGAAUAAAAGGAGGCAAAGAAAGAUGACAGUCUACGAAGAUGGCGACGGUGAAACCAAGUCUCAUUCCAAGAUCCAUGUCAAUGAUGAUGAAGUGGACGACAACCCAAUUGAGCAAGUUAGGCUAACAGUUCCAAUCACAGAUGACCCAUCAGAGCCAACCAUAACAUUUCGAACAUGGGUGCUUGGCCUAUUAUCAUGCACCACUCUUGCUUUUAUCAACCAGUUUUUUGGGUACCGCCAAAAUCAGCUCUUCGUUUCCUCAGUGUCUGCCCAAAUUGUGGUCCUCCCUCUUGGCAAGUUGAUGGCUGCGGUCCUUCCAACAACACAAUUUUCAGUCCCCUUCACAAAAUGGUCUUUCUCAUUCAAUCCGGGGCCUUUCAGUAUGAAGGAGCACGUUUUGAUCACCAUAUUUGCAAACUCUGGAUCCAACAGUGUUUAUGCAGUUAACAUCAUCACAAUUGUCAAGGCUUACUACCACAGAAGUAUUCAUGUUAUGGCAGCCUUCUUGUUAGCUCACACCACUCAGAUGCUUGGAUAUGGAUGGGCUGGAUUAUUCAGAAGAUACCUUGUUGACUCCCCUUACAUGUGGUGGCCCAGUAAUUUGGUUCAAGUCUCUCUAUUCAGGGCAUUGCAUGAGAAGGAAAAGAGACCCAGAGGAGGCCGUACAAAGAUGCAGUUCUUCAUCAUUAUUUUCACAAGCAGCUUUGCUUACUACAUUAUCCCAAGUUUCUUCUUCCCCUCCAUAACAGCUCUCUCCUUAGUCUGCUGGAUUUGGAAGGACUCAAUCACAGCCCAGCAGAUUGGUUCAGGGCUCAAGGGCCUUGGAAUUGGCUCUUUUGCCAUUGAUUGGUCCACCAUUGCUUCCUUCUUGGGCAGCCCCUUGGCCUAUCCAGAUGUUGCAGUCAUUAACAUGUUGAUUGGCUUUACUGUGAUCUUUUACAUUGUUACCCCCAUCAUCUAUUGGACCAAUACAUAUGAUGCUAAGAGGUUCCCACUAUUUUCCUCUCACACUUUUGACCAUGAUGGCCAAACCUACAACGUCAGUCGAGUUUUGGAUGAGAAAACUUUCGAUAUGAAUUUGAAGGAGUAUAGCGGUUAUAGUAAACUCUAUCUCAGUGCCUACUUUGCCUAUGGCUAUGGAUGGGGCUUUGCCACUCUCACAGCUACUAUUUCACAUGUUGCACUCUUUUAUGGAAAAGAAAUAUGGCAACUGUGGAAGAAGACGACUGGUGCAAUGAAGAAUCAGCUUGGAGACAUCCACAUGAGAAUAAUGAAGAGGAACUAUGAAUCAGUCCCUGAAUGGUGGUUCCAAACCAUCCUUGUUUUGAUGGUUGCUCUUGCCAUCUUUACUUGUGAAGGUUUCGGCAAACAGCUCCAACUUCCAUGGUGGGGAGUUUUACUAGCUUGUGCCAUUGCACUAUCUUUCACCUUACCCAUCGGGGUUAUUGCUGCCACAACAAACACGCAACCAGGCCUCAACAUAAUUACAGAGCUAAUUAUCGGGUAUAUGUACCCAGGGAAGCCUCUUGCUAAUGUGGCUUUCAAGACCUAUGGAUAUAUCAGCAUGUCACAAGCACUCAUGUUUCUUGGUGACUUUAAAUUAGGUCACUAUAUGAAGAUCCCUCCUAAGGACAUGUUUUUUGUGCAGUUAGCUGGAACACUGGCAGCGACAAGUGCCUACUUUGCCACAUCUUGGUGGCUUCUGACAACUGUCGAGAACAUCUGCAAUCCGGCAAAGUUGCCAGAGGGGAGUCCAUGGACAUGUCCUGGUGAUGAUGUGUUCUACAAUGCUUCAAUCAUAUGGGGAGUCAUAGGGCCACUCAGAAUGUUCACUAGCAAAGGAAACUACCCAGAGUUGAACUGGUUCUUCCUCAUCGGCCUUUUGUCACCCAUUCCCGGUUGGCUGCUCCAUAAAAAAUUCCCCAACAAAAAGUGGAUUAGGCACAUAAAUAUGCCUGUAAUCCUUGGAGCAACAAGUUUAAUGCCACCAGCAAAAGCCGUAAAUUUUUCGUCAUGGUUCGCAGUUGGAAUUUUCUUCAACUUCUUUGUUUACAGAAGGUACAAGGAGUGGUGGGCUAGGCAUAACUAUAUCCUAUCAGCUGCUUUGGAUGCUGGAGUGGCCUUUACUGCUGUUAUCCUAUAUUUCGCCCUCCAAUCCAAGAAUAUUAUGGGACCAAAGUGGUGGGGUCUGGACCAAGAUGAUCAUUGUCCAUUGGCUAAGUGCCCCACAGCACCAGGGGUAGUGGCCAAAGGGUGUCCAGUUUUUUGAGAUUCGUCAAAAUCCUCUUUGAAUGUAUGCCCAUUUAAUUUUGCAUAUCUUAGCUGAGUUUUCUAGUUUCGAUGAUGAUGAAGAAGAUGUAGCAGCAUAGUUAUUUAGUUUGAAUAAAUUAAAAUUCAGAUUUUAGUCUUGUGCAAUUAAAUAGUUUGUUUAUUUUUCAUAAUUUGGAACCAGAUAUGCAAGCAUGCUUUGAAACUGAAAUAUGUUGCAUAUAAUCUAAAAUUCAAUGUCUUUGAAAAUGAUGUUAGUUGAACUAUAUAAUGUUCUUCACU